AUGAAGUGUGACACAAAUUGUUUAUUUCGCCCCAACGAAGAACCGCCAGGAAGCUCCAAGGGACGGGGUCCAGAGAACUUUUUGUUUCGGCUAACUGGUAGGGAACAGGAAUUUGUUGAGGAACAUAGUAGCAAGGAACAGGAAUUUGUUGAGGAACAUAGUAGCAAGGAACAGGAAUUUGUUGAGGAACAUAGUAGCAAGGAACAGGAAUUUGUUGAGGAACAUAGUAGCAAGGAACAGGAAUUUGUUGAGGAACAUAGUAGCAAGGAACAGGAAUUUGUUGAGGAACAUAGUAGCAAGGAACAGGAAUUUGUUGAGGAACAUAGUAGCAAGGAACAGGAAUUUAUUGAGGAACAUAGUAGCAAGGAACAGGAAUUUGUUGAGGAACAUAGUAGCAAGGAACAGGAAUUUGUUGAGGAACAUAGUAGCAAGGAACAGGAAUUUGUUGAGGAACAUAGUAGCAAGGAACAGGAAUUUGUUGAGGAACAUAGUAGCAAGGAACAGGAAUUUGUUGAGGAACAUAGUAGCAAGGAACAGGAAUUUGUUGAGGAACAUAGUAGCAAGGAACAGGAAUUUGUUGAGGAACAUAGUAGCAAGGAACAGGAAUUUGUUGAGGAACAUAGUAGCAAGGAACAGGAAUUUGUUGAGGAACAUAGUAGCAAGGAACAGGAAUUUGUUGAGGAACAUAGUAGCAAGGAACAGGAAUUUGUUGAGGAACAUAGUAGCAAGGAACAGGAAUUUGUUGAAGAACAUAGUAGCAAGGAACAUGAAUUUGUUGAGGAACAUAGUAGCAAGGAACAGGAAUUUGUUGAGGAACAUAGAAACGAGGAAGAUGUAUUUUCGACUAAUGAAGAACUUGUGUUUGCUAACUUGCCGUUAACAAACGGGAACUAUGUAUUCGUUCACUUAUAG